AUGGCGGGCGUUUUCAUAGCCCUGAGACUGAGACGCAAAAAUUCUUCGUUUUCUUCUUCUUCUUCUCCUUCUUCAUUGCUUCAUUCAUCUCCAAACACAUACGCUUCCUCCUCCGGCGUUCUCUUUCUACUUACUCUGCUCUCCUUGUCUCUGGCGGCCUUCGCGUUCAUCUUGCAAUGGCGGGGCGGCUUGCCGGACCUCCGGUGUCCCGGAACGGUUCUCUCCUCGUCGGCGUCCGAGGGGGUUCUGGGUCGGAGCCGGAAGUUGUCGUUUCCGUAUUUCAGAGAUUGGAAGAUCAAGUUUGGGUCGUCUGAUCUUCUGCCCAAGAUAUGCAUCACUACAAGCACCUCAGCUGGGUUGGAGCAGACAUUACCUUGGAUAUUUUAUCAUAAGGUUAUGGGCAUAACUACAUUUUUCAUGUUUGUGGAGGGUAAAGCUGCUUCUCCUCAUGUUUCCAAAGUCCUAGAAUCCAUCCCAGGAGUAACUGUCAUCUACAGAACAAAAGAACUUGAGGAGCAGCAAGCAAAAAGCCGGAUUUGGAAUGAAACCUGGAUGAAUGAUUUGUUCUAUAAACCCUGCAACUAUGAGUUAUUUGUGAAGCAGACCUUGAAUAUGGAAAUGGGCAUUGUCAUGGCUAGGGAAGCUGGUAUGGAUUGGAUAUUCCAUCUGGACACUGAUGAACUUGUACACCCUGCUGGAACUGACCCUUUUUCUGUGCAACAACUCCUCUCAAAUCUUCCUGCAGAGGUUGAUGCAAUUAUACUUUCUAAUUAUGAGAGCAGUGUGGAGAGGGAUGAUAUAAAGGAACCUUUUACUGAAGUCUCAUUGUUCAAGAAGAAUCGAGACCACAUUGCAGAAGAAGCUUAUUAUAAACAUUUCCAGGAAGCAUGUCAUGGCACUUCCAACUUUUUCUUGACUUAUGCGAAUGGGAAAUCAGCUGCGAGAAUCCAAGAUCAUCUUCGUCCCAAUGGCGCUCACAGAUGGCAAAACUACAUGAAACACACAAAGGAGGCGCAGUUCUAUGAGGCUGUCGUCCUACACUACACGUAUUCCAAGUUCUCAGAUUUGACUUCAAGACAGGCUCGUUGUGGUUGUAAGCCUACAAAGGAGGAUGUUAAAAGAUGCUUCUUCCUUGAAUUUGACAGAGAUGCAUUUAUAAUAGCUUCAACUGCAACAGAAGAGGAAAUGCGUUACUGGUACAACGAGCACGUCGUCUGGAAAGAUGAAGAAACCAAGCAUAAACUCCUCAAAGGCGGCAUCUUUACGCGCAUAUAUUCGCCCAUGGUUAUAAUCAAGCAUCUGCGAGAAUCUGGAGUUUUCAGUUCUGUGAUUGCAGAGGCUUGGGCUAACAAAAACAAUAAUGCAUCCAGGCAUGGGGGAUUCUGGCCCCUAUGGAGCAUGGUUUCUGAAGAGACUGCAAUAUAG